AUGGCCGUCUCCCGCAAGGACGCCAUUCUGUCUCGCCGCUACAUCGAGGGCCUCAUUGCCGACGGGAAACAUGUGUUCAUCUUCGACGACCGUGUCCUCAAGGUCGAUGCUUGGAUUCCAUUCCACCCUGGAGGUGACAAGUCUAUCAAGCACAUGGUGGGACAGGAUGCCACCGACGAGAUCAAUGCGUUACACUCCACAGAAGCUCGCCAGCGGAUGUUGGCUUUCCAGGUCGGUCGCAUCCAGGGACCGUGGGUGAACUUUUUGCCUCCCAUCCAGGGCGGGAAGUUCCGUCCCUACGACCAGAAAGCCCCCUACAGCGAGGACGACGAUACCUCCGGCCAGUCCCAACCCCCGUCGCCCGUUUUCGAUGCUGUAGAUGCUGCUCCGGGAGCUCGUCCGCAGUCACCAUCUUCUGAGUCUUCCGUCUCGACUCCUGCCAGCGAAGAAUCCGAACCGAAGCCUUCUUUCCUCGACGCCCGGACACGACGGGAAAUCGUCUUCGACACCGCCAAGUAUCCUUCGGUGGACACGAAAACGCAGGAGGAUAUUAAACAGAGAUAUCGCGAGUUACAGAAACGGAUCGAAGCCGAGGGACUUUACGAUUGCAACUAUUUCUCAUACUUCAUCGAAGCCUGUCGAUAUACUCUAUUCGCUGGACUGUCAUACCUCUUUCUACGCCUCGAAUGGUAUCUGGUCUCGGCCUUCCUUCUAGGAUGUUUCUGGCACCAACUGGUAUUUACUGCACACGAUGCAGGCCACAUCGGCAUCACCCACCGUUACCAUGUGGACAGUACAAUCGGGAUGCUGGUUGCCGAUUACCUCGGGGGACUUAGUCUCGGCUGGUGGAAAAGGAGCCACAACGUUCACCACAUCGUGACGAAUGAACCAGAACACGAUCCGGAUAUCGAGCAUAUGCCCUUCUUCGCUAUUUCACACCGCUUCUUCACGAAUCUGCGAAGCACGUACUAUGACCGCGUCAUGGAUUUCGACGCCUUUUCCAACUUCAUGCUUAAAUACCAGAACUACCUCUACUACCCGAUCCUUUUAUUCGGCCGCUUCAACCUCUACCGAUUGAGUUGGGAAUAUCUGAUACUGGGCCAGGGACCGAGGAAGGGUCCCGCCUGGUGGCACCGUUGGUUUGAAAUUGCCGGUCAGAUCUUCUUCUGGUACUGGUUUGGAUAUGGUGUUCUCUACAAAUCUAUCCCAACAUGGGGCAGCCGUCUCGGCUUCCUUUUCAUCUCGCAUAUGGUCACUGCGCCUGUCCACGUGCAGAUUACCCUUUCCCACUUCGCCAUGUCGACAGCAGAUCUAGGCGUCCACGAAUCGUUCCCUCAGAAGAUGCUCCGCACGACGAUGGAUGUUGACUGCCCAACCUGGCUAGACUUUUUUCACGGCGGUCUUCAAUUCCAAGCCAUCCACCACCUCUACCCUCGUAUUCCGCGCCAUAACCUGCGCCGUACUCAGAGACUUGUCCUUGAAUUUUGUCGCGACACCGGUAUCCCAUACGCGCUAUACACCUUCACCGAUGGAAACAAAGAAGUUAUUGGGAAACUCGGCGAUGUCGCCAAGCAAGUUCGGAUUCUGGAAGAAUGCAGGAAGUCAUGCGCUGAGCAGGGUGUUUUCUCCGAUCACCAUUAG